AUGGCCAACGACAACUUUGUGUCGACCCAGGGACUUUCGUCCAAUGACAGGAUCAACGGCAAUGCUGACACCGACGGUCAUAGCUAUGACUCAAAGCCUCUCGCGGAUGCAGUCAUGACCUCUGAGUCAAUUCCAACUCAUCCUUUGGGUGUGAAACCGCUGGGCAACCAAUAUCUCUCGGACCGUCCGAACGCUCGGAAACACAUCGGAGUCUUCACAAUCUUGCCCGAUGAAGCUCUCAUGAUAUUGCUGGAAUACCUUGACCAAAGCAAUUUGAGAAAUCUCGGAUACGCCAGCAAAUUUCUUUAUGCCUUCUGCCAAUCCGACGAGUUAUGGAAGGCUCUUUUCCUCGAGUCCCACAGUUCGGGCAGAUUCGACGGCAAGUGGCAAGGCACCUGGAGGUCGACUCAACUUGGACUGUCACCUGAGAAACGAUGCAAGAUUGAUUGCAGCAACGUCUUCUCAGAUGUCCUGCAUAGGCCCUUUGUAUGCAGCCAUGUUGACCUGACACAGUUCACCUCGAGGAUUCCAAAGAGUAAUCAGAUCCAGCGUAUGGAGACACUGACUUACGAGGAGUUUGCUCACAAAUGGACUGAGGUGCCGUUUAUUCUGACCAGCUACAUCCAGACAUGGCCUGUAUGUCAUGAGUGGACUAUGGAUGUCAUUCUGCAAAAGUAUAAGGAUGUCGAGUUUCGCGCCGAGGCAGUUGACUGGCCUUUCUCGACGUAUCAUGAAUAUAUGAAGAACAGCAAUGACGAGAGCCCUCUUUACCUCUUCGACAAGAAGUUUGCCGAGAAAAUGGAAAUCAAAAUUGGCCAUGACGAAGGCGCGGCGUAUUGGAAGCCGGAGUGCUUUGGGCCUGACUUGUUCGAACUGCUUGGCAAGGAGCGACCUGCCCACCGCUGGCUCAUCAUCGGACCCGAGAGGAGCGGAUCAACCUUUCACAAAGACCCUAACGGCACCAGCGCGUGGAACGCUGUUAUCCAGGGAACCAAGUACUGGAUCAUGUUCCCGCCUACCGCACAGGUCCCUGGAGUCUACGUUUCAAGCGACAGUAGCGAAGUGACGAGCCCGCUCAGCAUUGCUGAGUGGCUCCUUGAGUUCCAUGAUGAGGCGCGCCAGCAGCCGGGCUGCAUUGAAGGCAUUUGCAGGGAAGGCGAGGUCUUGCAUGUACCAAGCGGAUGGUGGCAUUUGGUCGUCAACUUGGAGAACGGCAUCGCACUAACACAGAAUUUUGUGCCCAAAUCCACCUCUCUGUACCAGCUCACAGAAGUCCUGGGUUUCCUGAGAGACAAGGCAGACCAAGUCACAGGCUUUAAGCAGGAAGUAACGGACCCGUACGGUCUGUUUGUCGAGCGGCUGCACCAGGACCAGCCAGAGCUGCUGGAAGAUGCCAUGCAAAACUUGGAGAAGAAAACCAGCCAGAAGAAGAGAAAGUGGGAAGAGGCAGUGGGUGUGAAUGAUACCGAAGCAAGCGGCGGGGGAGGCUUCAGCUUCGGAUUCGGUGGUGAUUUGGACGACGAUGAGGUGCCGUGA